UGCUGGUGCGCGGCAGCGCGGGCGGCGCCUUCCUCGACCCCAGGCCGCUGACCGUGGUGGCCGUGGCCAACGUCAUGAGCGCCGUGUGCUUCGGCUGCCGCUACAGCCACGACGACCCCGAGUUCCGCGAGCUGCUCAGCCACAACGAGGAGUUCGGGCGCACGGUGGGCGCGGGCAGCCUGGUGGACGUGCUGCCCUGGCUGCAGCGCUUCCCCAACCCGGUGCGCACCGCCUUCCGCGAGUUCGAGCAGCUCAACCGCAACUUCAGCAACUUCGUGCUCGACAAGUUCCUGCGGCACCGCGAGAGCCUGCGGCCCGGCGCCGCCCCCCGCGACAUGAUGGACGCCUUCAUCCUCUCGGCGAAGGAGGCCGGGGACGCGGGCGACGGGGGCGCGCGGCUGGACUUGGACAACGUGCCGGCCACGGUCACCGACAUCUUCGGCGCCAGCCAGGACACGCUGUCCACCGCGCUGCAGUGGCUGCUCCUCCUCUUCAUCAGGUAUCCUGACGUGCAGGUUCGAGUACAGGCAGAGUUGGAUCGGGUUGUGGGGAGGGACCGUCUGCCCUGCAUGGGUGACCAGCCCAAUCUGCCCUACGUCAUGGCUUUUCUUUAUGAAGCCAUGCGCUUCUCCAGCUUUGUGCCUGUCACCAUCCCGCACGCCACCACCGCCAACACCUCUGUCUUGGGCUACCACAUCCCCAAGGACACGGUGAUUUUUGUGAACCAGUGGUCUGUGAAUCAUGACCCAGUGAAGUGGCCUAACCCAGAGGACUUUGAUCCCGCCCGCUUCUUGGACGAGGACGGCUUUAUCAACAAGGACCUGACCAGCAGUGUGAUGAUCUUUUCGGUGGGCAAGCGACGGUGCAUUGGCGAAGAGCUCUCCAAGAUGCAGCUGUUUCUCUUUAUCUCCAUCCUGGCCCACCAGUGCAACUUCAAGGCCAACCCGCAUGAGCCCUCAAAGGUGAAUUUCAGCUACGGCCUGACCAUUAAACCCCAGGCGUUUAAAAUCAGCGUCACUCUCAGAGAGUCCAUGGAGCUUCUCGAUCGUGCUGUCCAGAAGCUGCAAGCCGAGGAGGCUUGCCAGUGAGAAGCCAGAGGCAAGCGGGGGUUGUAGAAGUCUUAGGGGACGAGGAGGACAAUGUCGUUUUCUCUCUCUCUCCUCUUCUGUGCUACUUCUCUGCUAGUCUCUGAGGUGAGCAUCGACCGACUGGCCCGCAGUUGGGGGCUGUCCAGGACUCCUGGAAGCUUUUUUGAGUCAAAGCCUUAAAGGUCCCGAGGAAUUUUUAUAGAUAUGGUAGAGCUGGGUAUUUCCAGAAGUCGGGUUCUUUGGAGUUAAAACACACAUGUAGACACACACACACACACCACACACCACAAAACUAUCUGAUGAAGAGGUACUUUGGUAACCAUGCCUUUCUGGGUGGGAUUCAACUUUGGUAUCUGUGUGCAGAAAUCUCUGUAGAACACUGUGUUCAGCAAAGUUUCAGGGUCUAUUGUUGAAGACACAAAGGCAAGGAAUUUCAGGGUAAAGUUUGUGAUUGAGGGUGAUCAGGGAGUCGGUGAAGACCAGAAAUUCCCUUCUCACCUUUUCAGUAAAAUCGCUUAGACAGACUCUAGUAUUUAUGGGUGGAUUUCUCUGUGUGCUGAUCGAGAUACUUACUGACUUUUUAGGACAAAUCAUAAAAUGUCAGUUGCUCAAAAAGAAAAUAAUAGUUGAAUUCAUGAUUAUAGCGAGCUUAGUGAUUUAUCGUGAAUUUUAAAGUGUUCGUUUUUAAGCUGUAAAAUUCCAAGCUGAAGUUGUGCCUCUCUUGGCUGCCAAAGCACAUCAUUUCAAUUAUGAGCAAAUAACAAAAACCCAAAAGGUUGCCAGCCCAACUAAGCUUUAAAUUAUGUGAUUGUAAUGUACUGAUUUCACCAAACAGUAUGCAAUAUUUAUUUACACUUAUUACAUAAUUGUCCCUAAGCAGUAUAUUAGUAUUAUCUUGUCCAAGAAAAGGUUGAAUAGUAUGCCUUAUAUAAUAUUGCAGUUCAACUGAGUGUUGCAAAACUAUAUUAAACGAGCCUGAUUAAAUCUACUGUCUAUUUUGA